UGCCGCCGGCCAACACGCCUUUGGUAGGUUUCUCUCUGAUCUUUUUCUUUAAUUUUUCUCUCGCUUUGACGGUGUUGGGGAACUCCACGCAUCUAUUUCUCGCUCUAACACAAGGGCGUAUUCCAAAAAAUAAUACAGAAGAUGGGACGAUGGAGAUCUGGUUCCCGAUAACGUGAUUGUCUGUGCUUUACUUGAAACUGAUACUACCAUAUCAUCUCUCCUUUCAACUAACUCAUGUCUUCACAGCAAGAUACCCCUCAUUCUCAUUCUCCUCCUACCGCUUCCUCGCUUCAACAACUCAGCGUCGUCUCCAUUCCUGUUCCAUCUCUCCCAACUUCUGUGGCCGAUAAUGCUCAUGACGACAACGUGAGCUUUCUGCGAUCUCGUGUACGCUCCCCACCCGAUUCCUCUUCGUCCCUCAGCCGCCAACGUCGUCGUCGACAACAACAACAAACCUUGCCAGAGCUCGAGGUUGAUCCCAUGGAUGUGGAUGAUCCUACGGCUUUGCGCAUGUCAGUCGAGAUCAACCGUCGCAUCCCUAUCGUGCGCCGUCCGCGUGGAUCCUUCAACAACAGCAAUAAUAGCAACAAUAUGCCUAACUAUGAAGGUCGCAUCUCUAAUCCUCGUUCGCUCUACGGAUGGGCACCUGCCUCCGAUGACGACGAUGAGGAAGAGGAUAAUGACUUAGCCUAUGGGCCAGUCCAGGACAACAACACCAUCUCCUCCUGGUUUGGCCGGCUAUCAGAUCGCAACCAGCCCAGACGUCAUAUGCGCCGCGACCCCAGCGGUCGAGAUCCACAUGCCUUCUUAGGAACGCCUCCGGAAACCAACCCCCAACGUCCAAGUGACUACUCUCCAUUGUCGACGACAGAAGCACUGCUGCAGACGGUACGACGCCAACCGCGGUUUUCCCGGACACGGACGUUGCAUAAUUAUCUUUUGGACCGUGAAAGAACUAGCCAGGAUUCAGAGGAGAGCCGAGAACGAUUGGGUGCCGCAUCUACAUCGCGAGCGUAUCGAUUUCUCCCUAGUAGCCGUGGUGAACCGCAUCGACUUCUGACACACAAUGAACUCCGCGCCCGGAUCAACGCCCAUCGACAGUUACAUAUGGAUAACCCCCCUAGCCCCCGGUUGAAGGAAACAAUCAAAUAUCUUGAUCGUUUACGGUAUUCAAAUUCUUUUGAAGAAAGCCUGACUUCGGCGGCCGCGGGGGGAUUCGUUCAGUUGGAUUUCCUGCCCUGGGAUGAGGAUGAUUUCAUUCUCGAUACAGCCUCGAUUGCGCCACCGCCAGUAUGUUCCUGGCUCCAGCCUGGGAUAGUUUUCUUGGGUUCCCAGAGGGCUGCCAGUAAUGCCAAUCCCCUCUCUGCGCAGCCAGUGCCGAGUCCGCCAUCGUCCCAUGACCCCUUGGUUGUCAACGGCAGUGAACAAAGCGGCAGUCGCAUUCCCGUGCACACAACCAGCGGUCGACGGUACAUGGCCAACAAUAUAUAUAACUUAGGCACCGGUAGAGACGAGAAUUGGCCCGUCAAGGUCACUAUUCAUGAAAUUAAUCUAGAAGAAAUGACCCUCUCGGGCACCAUGGAAGCAUACAACAUUCCCGACAAGACGUCGCCAUCCCACGAUGCUCACAUAGUUACAUUCCUAGAAGGAGAGAUCAUCGAUUUCAAUACGCACACACUUGAGACGAAGAAUUUCAAAGCCGAUGCCGAGAUCGAUUGUACAUAUUGGCGUGAAUUGCAGCCGUUCAAGAACCUAUCAGACGAAGCUAUGACGCGGAAUCUCGUGAGUCGAAAGUGGAUAACAGAGGAACUAUCUAAAGGGUGGAUCUUGAUGAGAUGGAAAGAACGCUGUUUCAUCACGCCCACCGAUUCACGACAAGGACUCACAAUUUCUGGUUUCUAUUACAUCUCCCUGCAUCGUGAAAGCGGCCAUAUUGAGGGGCUAUACUAUGAUCCGGGAAGUUCACCGUACCAGCAACUAUCAUUAAAACCUGAAAGUAAACGGAUGGCUCGGCCAUCGUACAGUUUCCGAUAAUCUUUCCGUUUAUAUCAUAUCGGUUUGGCGUCAGGGUCAAGGUCUUCUAGCAAUUCGCAUAGCGAGUCAUUUCCUUUCCGCAUCCCAGCUUGACCAGUUCCUUGUCAAUAGUACAUUUCCUUGCCCUCGCCCAUAUAUCUCAAGAGUUUAUAGCUCAGCUGUACCUUACAAAUUUACAUAUCAACAAGUCUACAAAAUACAGACAUCUGAGAAAAAGAGUUUCCUUGAAUCGUAUAUGCCAUUAAGCCUAUA